UUAAUUUUUUCAGUGGGACAAAUUGACUCGAGUUUGAGAUUUUUCAUCAAGGGUAACAUGGGACAAUUAUGCGUAGAAGGGCAGUACAGUGAACGCACAUUCUGCCAACAUGAAGUUCUGCUUCACUCUACUUUGUGCGAUCGGGCUGGUCGCAGCGGUUAACGGCAUGCAAAUCAGCCCAGAAUGUUUGGCUUCACCAAAUGAUGAAUCACCGAUGGAAUGCUGCAAAGCUCCAAAGGUCAUACCACCCAAAGAGAAGUUCACUGAAUGUCUUUCGAAGUUUCCGGUGCCAAUCGAUGAGCUUAAGUCGGGUAAUUUGCCGCCAAAUCAUAACUGCUUGGCGCAGUGCAUGUUUGAGCAGCAAGGCGUCAUGACCGAUGGAAUGGUGGACAAGGAUUCAGCAAUUAGUAAGAUGGUGGCCGUGAUGGGAUCGUCCGCUGAUUGGCAAGCGGCUGCAAAGAGUUCCGCUGAAACCUGCUACCAGAAAGUGGCUGCAGUUGGAGCGGAGAAAGACGGUCAAGGGUGUAGUGUGAUGGCGGGUAGUUUCAUCGAAUGCAUGCCCUCGCUGUUGUUUAUCAAUUGCCCUUCCUCUGCUUGGAAAGACAGCACCGAAUGCGAUCAAUUGAAAGCCCAUUUAGAAAAGGGAUGUUCCAUCAUGACUAUAUGGAAAGGACCACCACCACAUUAACUUUUCGAAAUAAUAAAAUAGGAAACUAUGAUGCUUCACAUCGAGUGUGAAUACAUAUAAUCAAAACAUACUUUCACAUAAUAUUAAAUGCUAAUACAGAUAACCUCCUAAAUCAUACAAAAA